AUGCCCCUGAUGGUGGACGAGGCCAUGCGGCUGCUGUGCUCCCUCUCGGAGGCCAGGAAGAUGAAGGCAGCCGUCAAGCACGCAGGGCGGGGCGCCCUGCUCACUGGCGCCGUGGCCUUUGUCGGGGGCCUGGUCGGGGGCCCGCCAGGCCUGGCCGUCGGGGGCGCCGUCGGGGGGCUCCUCGGGGCCUGGAUGACCAGCGGGCAGUUUAAGCCGGUCCCCCAGAUCCUCAUGGAGCUGCCGCCGGCCGAGCAGGAGAAGCUGCUCAGCCAGGUCACGGCCAUCGUCAGGCACCUGGAGUGGACGGACGCCGUGCAGCUCACCAUGCUGGUCAUGGGCAGCCAGGCGCUGCAGGAGCAGCUGCUGGCGCUGCUCGUGGGCUACAUCACCAAGGAGCUGCAGGCCGAGGUGCAGUACGGAGACUAG